ACCUUCGUUAAUCAUCAUCUUCUUCAACAGGCAACAACAACCUAUCGCCUUGUGUGCCACACUACCACAAGCUAAGCAUGGCAACCCAAAAACACAUAGUAAUGCUCCCAUACAUGGCACAAGGCCAUCUCAUCCCCAUCUUCCACUUAGCAAAGCUCAUAGAACAAAGAUACCCAGACUACACCAUCACCAUUGUUAACACUCCUCUCAACAUCCAAAAGCUUCAAUCUUCACUCCCUCCAAACUCCAACAUCCAUCUCAUAGACCUCCCUUUCUCAAGCUCCAACCAUGGCCUCCCUCCCAACUCUGAGAACACUGAUUCCUUGAAAGCUCACCAAAUCCCUCUCCUCUUAUUAACCACUGAGUCCUUGGAACCCCACUUCAACCUUCUCAUCUCCAACAUGAUCAAAGAUGGUCACCGUCCAGUUUGCAUCAUAGCUGAUAUCUUUUACGAUUGGACUAUAAACACUGCAAAAACUCAAAAUAUCUUCCAUGCUACCUACAUGCCUUCAGGAGCAUUUGGCACUGCAACCUUCAUGUCAAUCUGGCAGCAUCUCCCUCACACUAAGACAGACGCUAUGGAGUUCAACAUCCCUGGCUUUCCCUCUUCUUUUCGCCUUCAUCGGUCUCAGCUUUCAAUUAAUAUGAGGGCAGCUGAUGGUUCUGAUGCACUCUCUAUCUUUCUCCAGAGAAACUUCCAGUCCCUAAAAACUUCUGAUGCAAUUCUUUGCAACACCGUGAAGGAUGUUGAGUUAUUUGGGUUGAAGUUGCUCCAGUGUUUCUCUGGUGGUGUUCCGGUUUAUCCAAUUGGCCCUCUCCUCCCUCUUGAUGGAAAGAUGUCAGCCUUCCGGCCAACCGAAAAAGCGUUAGCAGUAGAGUUUGAAGCUUGUGUUCAAUGGCUUGAUGGUCACUCUCCUUGCUCUGUUAUCUUCAUAGGGUUUGGCUCAGAGAACAACAUCUCAGCUUCUCAGAUGAUGGCACUUGCUGAGGGGUUGGAGUCCAGUGGCAGGCCUUUUAUUUGGAUGAUCAGACCACCAUUUGGUUUUGCCAUGAAAGGAGAAUUUAGAGAGGAAUGGUUGCCAAAAGGAUUCGGAGAAAGAAUGAGAGUUAGUGGAAAGGGCUUGUUACUCAAGUCAUGGGCUCCUCAACUUGAGAUACUGGCGCACAAGUCCACUGGAGUGUUUAUCAGUCACUGUGGAUGGAAUUCAUUGCUGGAGAGCUUGAGCUGGGGUGUGCCAAUCAUCGGAUGGCCGUUGGCUUAUGAUCACUUUUGCUUGUCAAAGAUGAUGGUUGAGGAGUUGGGUGUAUGUGUGGAGCUUGCUAGAGGUGUGGAGGAUGAAGUUGAGAGUGUGGAGGUUGAGAGGGUGAUUGAAUUAGUUUUGGAUGGAGAGAAGGGGAAAAAGAUGAAGAAGAAAGCUUUCAAGUGCAUGGAGAUGAUGAGAGAAGCCAUGAAGGAUGAUGGAGAUGUAAAGGGUUCUUCGCUCAUUGCUCUUGAUGAGUUUAUUAACCGUGCAUCAGUGCCGUGCUAUUUUACCCGUUAAAGAUAGAAGUUGUUUACUGGAUUGUUUAAUCUUCAUAUUGUUAGUUGAUUGAAGACUUUGGAGCUGAAGAAAUGUAAUGAAGAUGAUGAAUAGUAUGUGAAUGUUUGAAUGUAUGUUUGCAGGUUUUAUGUUUGUAGAUUUUAUAUUUGGUUCAUUUAGUUUGUGUGUGUGAAAUAAUGGAGGGCUAGGAUUGCUUUAGAUUAGAUUGUGUUUCAAGUUCGAGGCAUGGAGAGCUUUUUCUGGAAUGUUAAGUCAAGGGCUAUGUUUGUAAUUUCCAAUAUGUUGUAGUAUGUUAUAAUGUUUGGUUGGUGAAUGAAAGAGAUGAGGGUGUUUUUUGAGCUGUGAA